UGAUUAGUUUCGACAAAAUUUAACAGUUGCUUAUUGAACAGUUAUCAACAUAGACCAAAAUGUACAAACUGGUGGUGUUGUUUGGCCUGAUCGCUCUAGCUUCUGGAAGUGGUAUUGCCCCUCUUUGGGGACCCCACCUUGCUGCUCCUUUGGCAGCACCCUGGGCUGCGGCAGGCCACGUAGCUGUCGCUGCAGGUCCUGUAGGAGCCUAUAAUUACCGUGGUCCACUUUCCCUCGGCCAUGGCCAACCAGCCAGCAUUCUGGCUGCUGAUGGAAGGCCCCUAGAUACUCUAAGCGUAAAUGUCGAUAAAGCUGUACACUACACCGCUAAAGCUCUUGAAGGUGGACAUUGGUUGGGCAAAAGGUCGAUCGUCGCUCCUUUGGCUGCGGCACCUUUAGCUUGGUCCCAUGCGGCAGUCGCAGCGCCUGUUAUUGCACCUGCACACAUCGGUAUUGCUCCAGUUGCUCGUGUUGCACCAUGGGGUUUGGGCCACGGUCUUGGACAUGGGCAUCUAGUGGGCAAAAGGUCAAUCGUCGCUCCUUUGGCUGCGGCACCUUUAGCUUGGUCUCAUGCGGCAGUAGCAGCGCCUGUGAUUGCACCUGCACAUAUCGGUAUUGCUCCAGUUGCUCGUGUUGCACCAUGGGGUUUGGGCCACGGUCUUGGACAUGGGCAUCUAGUUGGUAAGAGGUCGAUCGUCGCUCCUUUGGCUGCUCUUGGAUGGUCACAUGGUAUCGCUGCAGCUCCCUUGCUUGCACCCGCACAUGUUGGUAUUGCUGCUGCUCCUAUUGCACCUUUGGGCCACGCUCGUCUCGGACACUGGUAAUCGUCGGAUUAUAUGGAUUUAUUCUUAAAGAUUUAAAAUGCAAUGAAAUAAAACAAGUUACCAACA